GGUGACAUUGGGCAGUGUCGGGCAGCCACAAAACCUCUGCCCGUUUGUAUUUCUCAGAAAUCCCUUACCUCCCGCUUCUUCUAAGCAUUCGAAAUAGAUUAUAUUAUAUAAUACCCUCAAAACCCCCUGAGAUUCAAAGCCUAAACACAACAAUCAGUCUGUCGCUAAUCCCUCACUCUGUCUUCUUCGCUUCGUUUCGCUCUUCAAUAGCACAGAGACGGGGAAAGAGGGAGAGAGACCCUAUUUUCGUAUUUUGUAAGGUUUUGGUUUUCAAGUUUCUAUCAAAUUCCUAAGCUAGAGUGUUGACAGGAAAUGGCUAUGGAGAUCACUCAGAUUCUGUUGUCUGCUCAAUCACCGGAUGCAAAAAUCAGAAAUGAGGCAGAGGUUAAUCUCAGGCAGUUUCAAGAGCAAAACUUACCUCUUUUCCUUCUGUCCCUGUCAGUUGAGCUUGCAAACAAUGAAAAGCCUAAUGAAUCGCGUCGGUUGGCUGGUAUUGUCCUUAAGAACUCUUUGGAUGCAAAGGAUGCCUCAAGAAAGGAACAUCUUGUACAACAGUGGAUGACAAUUGAAAUUUCUAUUAAAUCUCAGAUCAAAGAUCUGCUAAUGAGAACGCUUGCCUCAUCUGUACAAGAAGCAAGACAUACAUCUUCACAAGUAAUUGCCAAAGUUGCUUCCAUUGAGAUUCCACGGAAGCAGUGGCCAGAGCUAAUUGGAUUAUUGCUUAACAAUAUGACUCAGCAAGAUAGUCCUGCAGCACUAAAGCAGGCAACCCUUGAGACUCUUGGAUAUGUUUGUGAGGAGAUAUCCCAUCAGGAUCUUGUGCAAGAUGAAGUGAACUCUGUUCUAACUGCUGUUGUCCAAGGCAUGAACCUCGCUCAACAUGGCCCUGAAAUCCGCCUUGCCGCAACAAAGGCUUUGUGUAAUGCCUUGGAUUUUGCACAGACCAAUUUUGAAAAUGAGAUGGAGAGAAAUUAUAUCAUGAAGGUGGUCUGUGAGACUGCCUUGUCCAAAGAGGUGGAGAUCAGACAGGCUGCUUUUGAGUGUCUUGUUUCGAUAGCAUCAACAUAUUAUGCUGUGCUUGAACCUUAUAUUGAGACUCUAUUUCAACUUACAUCAAAUGCGGUAAAGGGAGAUGAAGAGACAGUUGGCCUCCAAGCAAUUGAGUUCUGGAGUUCUAUAUGUGAUGAAGAGAUAGAGCUUCAAGAAUAUGGGAGUUCUGAAACUGGUGAUUCUGAACCUGUUCAUUCUCGUUUUAUAGAAAAGGCCCUCCCAUCUCUUGUUCCUAUGUUGCUGGAAACAUUAUUGAAGCAGGAAGAGGAUCAAGAUCAGGAUGAUACCGUCUGGAAUAUAUCCAUGGCAGGUGGGACAUGUCUAGGUCUUGUUGCUAGAACUGUUGGAAACGCAGUUGUGCAGCUUGUAAUGCCUUUUGUAGAAGCUAACAUUGUUAAGCCAGAAUGGCGUUGUCGUGAGGCAGCUACAUAUGCAUUUGGAUCAAUUCUUGAAGGCCCAACUGUUGAUGUGCUGACCCCACUUGUUAAUGCUGGCUUGGAUUUUCUGCUUAAUGCUAUGAGGGACGGAAAUAAUCAUGUCAAGGACACAACUGCGUGGACUCUCAGUCGAAUAUUUGAGUUGUUGCACUGUCCUGCUAAUGGUUUUUCUGUGAUCUCUCCUGAGAACCUCCAUCGGAUUGUGGCAGUUUUACUUGAAAGUAUCAAUGAUGCUCCACAUGUAGCUGAGAAGGUUUGUGGGGCAAUUUAUUACCUUGCCCAGGGAUAUGAGGAUGCAGGGAGUAGUUCCUCACUACUUACGCCAUGCCUUGCUGGCAUCAUCUCUCAACUUCUUAAAACUGCUGAGCGUACAGAUGGAAGUGACUCAAAGCUCAGGUCUUCUGCGUAUGAAACCUUGAAUGAGGUCAUCAGGUCUUGUAAUAUCGCUGAAACGUCUCAAAUAAUUACAGAGCUGCUACCAGUCAUCAUGAAUAAACUGGGGCAGACUCUAGACCUUCAGAUUGUAUCUUCUGAUGACAGGGAGAAGCAAGGAGAUUUACAAGCUUCCCUCUGUGGUGUUCUUCAAGUCAUUAUCCAGAAACUUAGCAGUACUGAUGAGACCAAGCCCAUUAUACUCCAAGCUGCAGAUCCUAUUAUGAUACUGUUCCUCAGAGUGUUUGCUUGCCGUAGCUCUACUGUGCACGAGGAAGCAAUGCUUGCAAUCGGUGCUCUGGCUUAUGCAUCUGGACCAGAGUUCGGCAAGUAUAUGCCAGAGUUAUACAAGUAUUUGGAGAUGGGAUUGCAGAAUUUUGAAGAGUACCAGGUUUGUGCCAUCACAGUUGGUGUGGUUGGUGACAUUUGUCGUGCAAUGGAUGACAAGAUUUUGCCUUACUGUGAUGGGAUCAUGAGCCACCUUAUAUGUGAUCUCCAAAGUGCUGAACUACACCGGUCUGUCAAGCCUGCCAUAUUCUCCUGUUUCGGGGACAUUGCUCUUGCGAUAGGGGAUCAAUUCUUGAAGUACAUUGAUUCUGCAAUUAUGAUGAUGCAGAGUGCAGCCCAGAUUUGUGCCCAGAUGGAUACUGAUGAUGAGGAGUUGAUGGAAUAUGGCAACCAGCUCAAGCGGAGCAUCUUUGAAGCUUAUUCUGGUAUUCUUCAGGGAUUUAAAAAUUCCAAACCGGAAGUGAUGAUGCCACAUGCUGGGCAUCUUUUGCGGUUCAUAGAAGUAAUUUUCAGAGAGAGUCAAAGAGACGAGAGUGUGACAAAAGCUGCAGUUGCAGUGAUGGGUGAUCUGGCUGAUGCACUUGGUUCCAACACAAAGAUUUUGUUUAGAGACAACACCUUCUAUGUUGAUUUUCUUGGCGAGUGUCUUCAAUCUGAUGAUGAGCAGCUCAAGGAGACUGCAAAUUGGACACAGGUGAUGAUUGCACGCGUUAUGGUUUCAUAAAAUGUAGCUAGAUUUGUCAGUGAGUCAAAUAGUUGUCAUUAGUGGUCUUGUUAGCUUAAAAGGAACAUUUGUCUUUUGCUCUUUUCUCUUUUUAGUCUCGGGUGAAAAGUGUCAAGGGCCCAGAAAGAAUAGAGCACUGUGCAUCCCUGUCUUUUGUAAUGUGAAUGUGAAUCAUAAUGAUUUUCUUUUAGUCCACACUCUCUAUGGGAUGGGAGAGAAUCUUUUGAAGUGCUUUGUGGAACUCUGCCACUGAUCGGUGGUGUAUUAGGGCAUUUUAUUUAUUUGUUACUUUUUUUUUUCAUCCAUGUAAAUGGUUCUAGUCGUACUUAAGUGUUGCUGCUUUUGUUCGAGUUUUCACUUUGCUUGA